CCCAGUCAUAAAGCACCACUUCAAAAUUUUAUAUCAUCAAGUUUUAGCGUCAGUGGCCCAACAGAUUCAUUCCCUCAAUCUCAACCGAAUUAUCAGGAUUUACCAAUGCCAGAAAACUCUCGGGGACACUCUCGAGCUGCACUUUUUGGUUCACAAGCUAUUGAUCAAGCCGUAUGUGGAAUUGGAGCCGGAUGUACUUCGGUUCUUUGCAUGCAUCCUCUUGAUUUACUCAAAGUGAAAUUUCAAGUAGCCACUUCACCAGUUCAUCUAAAAAGUACUUUAUCUCAAGUUAGUUCUAUCGCUUCAACACCAUCGACGCGACCAAAGAUACUCGCAAGCCUCGGUGAAAUUGUACGGUCUGAUGGAUGGAAAGGUUUGUAUCGUGGAUUGAGUCCAAAUAUGGUAGGGAAUGCAGCUAGUUGGGGACUUUACUUUUUGUGGUACUCGACUAUCAAAAAACGUAUGUCUACCGGUGCAGAUGGUUCCGAAACUGGUGUCAAACUUUCAGCCGCACAGCAUCUUUUCGCCUCAGCUUCCUCUGGGGUGAUCACUGCGAUGAUGACAAAUCCGAUAUGGGUAGUCAAGACAAGGAUGUUUACCACUCAGGUUCAUUCUCCGGGUGCCUAUACAAGUGUAUUGGACGGACUGAUAAGGAUAUCCAAAGAAGAAGGAGCUAGAGGACUUUGGAAAGGCAGUGUGUUAGCACUUGUUGGAGUUUCUAACGGAGCAAUUCAAUUUAUGACAUAUGAAGAACUGAAGAAAUGGAGACAAGAGGUCAGGAGACAGAAGAGUGGAAUAGCUUAUGCUUCGAUUGGUGAAGAUGAUCCUACCGCUUUGUCGAAUAUUGAGUAUGUGAUCUUGAGUGGGGCAGCUAAGCUGUUGGCCAUAGGCAUCACUUAUCCAUAUCAAGUUGUGAGGUCUCGACUACAAGUUGCAAAUCCUUCAACUACACAUUAUCACUCCAUUCCUCACUGCAUCACACAUACUUACCGAACUGAGGGUUUUAAAGCCUUUUACAAAGGUUUGGGCACCAAUGCGGUUCGGGUACUCCCCGGUACGUGUGUGACGUUUGUCGUUUACGAAAACCUAUCUAGGUGGUUCCGUGACGUGGCCGAGAAACGAUCCACUUCAAGUUAG